CAAACCCUCACUUACUCACUCACUCACCGCCACCAUGUCUUCCACUCUCCCCAUCACAGCCGUCGAUUGCGAGAAGCAAGUCCGAUGCUACCGCCUCCUCCGCACCAUCCUCGACCUCCUCAUCCCCUGCUGCGCCUGCAAGCCCUAUGUCUUCAGUGAAUCCACCUCCCAUUCCACCAAACCCUAUGUCUUCAAUCAACUAACUUCUCCCAGCAGAUCUCAUGUCUUCAAUGAAGUUAGCGCCAAUAAAUGUUAUCCGGAGCGCUGUCGCUCCGGUCUCUCUUCCGUCACCGGAACCAUCUUCGGAUUCAGGGGAGGCAAAGUGAGCCUCUGCAUCCAACCUGAUUGCAAAAUUAUCGCUCCUAUCUUACUGGUGGAGCUUGGAAUCCCGACGUCGCUGCUCGCUAAGGAGAUGGAGGGAGGGGUUGUCAGAAUCGCUUUUGAGUCUCAGGAGCGGGAGCCAUUGUCGUCGAUUUUGGAGGGGAAUUUGUGGAAAGUGUGUUGCAAUGGGAGGAGAGUUGGGUUUGGGGUGAAGAGAAGGAUGAACGAGGGGGACAAGGGGGUUCUGAGACUGAUGAGGAGUGUGUGUGUUGGGGCGGGGUUGAUAGAGAGAGAGGGGGAGGAGUUGAUGUAUUUGAGGGGGAGUUUUAGGAGAGUAAGGGGCUCCGGUGGGGAUUCCGAGUCGUUCCAUUUGGUUAACCCGGAUGGUGCAGCAGGACAGGAGCUCAGCUUCUUCUUCAUAAGAUCCUCCUGAAGACUGGAGGACAACCUUUCUCUCUCUUCCCUUGCUCAUCUCUUUCUGCCUUUCUCUCUCCUCCAUUGUCACUCUCUCUUUUUCUUGAGUGGGUGGACAACAGCUAACUUUCUCAUUAUCCUCUUUCCUGACCUUAGCUUCCUAAACAGCUGGUCUCUCUCUCUCUCUCUCUCUCUCUCUCU